ACCUCCUUGGUUUCUUAAACGACAAGUUACAGAAAAAAAAACAUAGUUCUUGGUAAGAGAAAGCAGAAGGCAAGCCUUAAAUCUUGAGGACACAAACUGAGUCCCCUCAUCACCCGGACCUAGACCGAUGGUUAUGCAGUUUCCUAUAGCUUUUUGAGUGAACUCUUCAGGGACUUCUUUGCCUGGCCAGAUAAAGAAGCAGAUUCAUAAUUGAUACACAAACAUUUGUCAUCAACACUAAACUAGCAACGUAAUAAACAAAACAGGUAGAAACUUUGGGCAUCCAACAACCAUUAAAGGAUGUUCCAAAAAUGAUGAAACAUAUGUUCAAGGUUUGCUUUCCUAUUGAAUUUUUGAAUCUUUUUUUCUUCAGUUUUGAAUUUUUCCAUUUACAAUUUACUAAUCUAAUAUUAUAUCUUCAGUUCAAUGGUGGAAUUUCUAUGACGUUAACUUCCAAAGUUCCAAAGUCCAAACAAUGGCAAAAAAACAUUACCUAAAAAGAAUAAAAAAUAAAAUAAAAAUAUUACAAAAUCUCCAUAUAAAAUUGUAAACCAAAAAAAAAAGUUUUCUGAAAUACCUUGGGGAACAAGUUACGUUAAACAAAAAAAAAAAAAAAAAAGGUAAUAUCUUUCGAUUUUAUAAAGGAAAUUCCACCGUGUAUUUCCAUUUUUGAUUAGUAUCGUUAAAUCUUACGCUUUAUCCUGCGCAAAUAUAUUCCUAAACUGAUAUGAGAGAGCUAUAAACACAUAUCUCCUAAAUCAGUUUCGUGAAAACUCUUAGGUUUCGUCUGUAACAAGUAACAACAACACAGAGAUAGAGAUUGAGAUGGGUAAAGUUGGGUGGUCUGAUUUACAUGAAGAUCUCAUAGUUUUGUUAGCUAAUAAUUUAUCUUCCAACAUCAAUCUCCUCCGUUUCCGUAGCAUCUGUAAACCCUGGCGUUCCACGAUUGCGACCAAGAAGCGUCUCCAUAACCACUUUGAACGUAACCUUCCUACUUUCAAGAAGACAAAGACUGUUGUCUCUCCCACCACUUUCUUCCGUGUAACUCUCCCUUCUCCAUGUCCUAACAAAGGGUGGCUGAUUAAAAACAGACAAGUCUCUGAAUCUAGUAAGAAUAAUCUCUUGUGUCCUCUGUCUGGCAAGCCCAUCACCCCUUCCGACAAAACCCUAGACCUUAUGAAGCUCGGUGUUUCGGAAAUUCGUCAAUCUUACAACGUUCAGUACUUGACCGAGAUUACAAAACGUGUUUCGGGUAGAGAUGUUAUCGUAGGUUAUAAGUCUUCUGCGAAUUCGGCUAGAGUUGUUUUCCUAAACAAUAUGUUUUUCGUAGUUGACUUCAAAAACGAAAUUUGGUGUUGCAAAAGCGGAGAAGAAAGUAUACGUUGGACAAGAAUAAACAAUGAAGAAGCUGAAGGUUUUUUGGAUAUUAUACUUCACAAAGGAAAGGUCUAUGCAUUCGACUUAACCGGAGCAAUUUGGUGGAUUAGUUUAUCUGAACUCAGCAUAUAUCAAUUCGGACCUUCAACUCCAUUAGACUACUACGACAUUGAUAAUUGCAAAGAAAAGAGAUUCGUCGAGUAUUGUGGAGAUCUCUGCGUUAUUCAUCGUUUCUGUAAGAAAUUUCGCGUAAAUCGAGUUCUUAGAGAGAGAACCGUUGGUUUUAAGGUUUACAAGAUGGACAAGAAUUUGGUAAAAUGGGUUGAGGUCAGUUCCUUGGGAGACAAGGCACUCAUUGUGGCUACGGAUAGUUGUUUUUUGGUCUUAGCCUCCGAGUACUAUGGAUGUUUGGAGAAUGCUAUCUACUUCAAUGACGGGGAAGAUGUUAGUGUGUUUAAGCUUGAUGAUGGUAGCAUCAUUAACAAGCAGAUUGAUUCUUCUUCUUCAUCUUCUCAUGAGAGUUGUUUCCAGAUGUUCUCUGCUCCUUUUCUCUGAAAAGAAUCUCUUAUAUUUGAAACUUUUUUUUUGUUUUCUGGUAAAGAGGAUCGAACUAGCUAAGAGGACAGCAAAACAAUUCAACAUUUAGUUAACAAACACAUGUAAGUGAUCGGUCUGGAUCAACAACAACAAAAUCGAUUGGCCAAAAGUUAUUUAAGACGGCUUAGCACAAUGUAUGCUAUUUAGGACCCGUUAUACAGAGAACCUCUCGACUACAUUGUUCUAUUACACAGUUCUUCACUUGCGGUUAACACCCUCGAUCGGUACCCAUAUAACCUUCGCCAUCCCGAUAUUCCCUUCUCAUUGUUACAACCGCGGUACGCUCUCCUCAUGGCAGACGAUUCAA